AUCAGUCCAUUGUAAUUGGAUUGAGAUAUUUUUUUAUUUUAUUUAUAAUUUUUUUUACGGAGAUAUCAACACUUCACUCGCUCGCAUAAAAUUUCAAGAUUUAUUAAACUGGGUCAUUUUGGUCAUUUCAUUAAACCACGUAAAUCCCCACGUCUAUUAUACGGAGUACUGGCACUCCAAGAUUAUUAAAUAUAAACCUUAACACAUCUAUAGUCUGCACUUGAAGAAGAACAACUACCCCUCCUCUCUCUCGCCCCCUCGCACAGACCUUCUCUCUCUAAAACCGCGUAGCAAAUGGAUGAUGACAAUUAUGGUCGGCGCUACGGACCAAAGGGCUACGCGCAGAGCGGCAAGAUAAUGCUCAGCGCAAUUGUCAUCCUCUUCGGCGUCGUCGUCUUCAUGGUCUGCCUCCACAUAUACUUCCGCUGGUACCUCCGCCGCUCGCGGCGGCGCCACCUCCAAGUCCGCCGCCGCAAUCGCCGCCUAGUCUUCUAUCUCGAAUCCAGAAACCCCAACUCCGCCUCUGCUACCACCGUCCACGGCCUCGACUCCUCCGUCCUCAUCUCCCUCCCAAUCUUCUUCUCCCCGGAGACCCACCCCGAUUCGCUAGAAUGCGCCGUGUGCUUAUCGGAAUUCGAGGAGAACGAAACGGGUCGUCUCUUGCCCAAAUGCAAGCACAGCUUCCACACAGACUGUAUUGACAUGUGGUUUCACUCUCACUCCACCUGCCCAGUUUGCCGAUCGCCGGUCGAGCCGCAGAAUUCGCCUCCGGUUCACGAGAACCCGCCCGAUUCGGCUGUGCCAGUGGCUGAACCGGUGGAACCCGGACCGGAUUCGUGUUCUGGGUUGCCUAUGGAUUCUUCAUCGUCGUCGUCUUUGGGGACUCGAAGAAAGGGAUUGGAUAUGGAGACUGUGACGGUAGAGGUACAGAGGAGGAACGAGUCGGUGGACGAGUUGGUACUGAGUUCACCCGCGAGUCAGGCGCUGAGAUCGCCGGGGACGCGGUUGCUGUCGUUGAAGAGAAUACUCAGCAUGAAUAGGAAGUCGCCGUCUGGUGUGGGAGCGAGUUGCGGAACUUGCGGGGUUGGGGUUAGUGAGCUGGAUGUAGACGAGUCGACUCAGAAAACUCGGGCUCACACACCUAGGUGAGAACCAUGAAUAUUCAAAAGAGAUGGUCACGGUCAAGCGACGGCGUAUUAAGAACGUUGAAAGUUUUAUUUUUUCAAAAGUUAAUGUUGAAAAUUGGAAACAAUGACAUUUGGCGACUGUAUGUGAGAGACUCGAAUCUCUAGGGGAGACUAGGACGGUGGGAUGCGGGUGAGUAGACUAGACGUGGCACGAAUAUAGUGAUUAUAAUAUCUUGUAAUGGGAGUUUUUCUCACUUGUUGGAUAUUGAUUAACUUGUUUUGGAUAAUUA